AUGUGGGAAUUGCUGGCGGAACAGAUUGCAUUGAGAGAUAACAUGACCUUGGGUAUUGCACCCCUGGCACUUGCCGAGGCAGGUCUUGUCUGCGAACGGCUCCGUCGUGGCGGACUUCGCGCUACAACGUCCCCAGACAGGUCAGAGAUUUGUGACCCUAAGCCUUCGGCCCUGAGCUACUUGAAGAAUGAGCACAUCUGCGGUCGACCAUUAGGCCUUCGAUUCGACAAGAAGACAGGAGAUAUGUACAUCGCCGACGCAUAUUUUGGAAUCCUAAAAGUAGGCCCAGAAGGAGGUUUAGCCGCGCAACUAGUGGCAGAGGUCGAAGGGCGACCGCUGAGAUUCACCAACGAUCUGGACAUCGACGAGGAUGGCAACGUCUAUUUUACUGAAAGUAGCACCUAUUUUCAAAGAAGAAACUAUGUUCAGAUGGUGUUAACCGCAGAGCCCUCAGGGAGACUUCUAAAAUUCGACCCGAUCACGAAGAAAACCACAGUUCUAGUCCGGGAACUUCAAAACCCUAAUGGCGUAUCACUAAAAGCAAGGACCCUACCUCAACGCAGGUUGAGUAGAUAUUGGUUGAAAGGCGAGAAGGCGGGAACCUCGGAGACAUUCGUGAUAUUGCCUGGUCAUCCAGAUAACGUGAGGACGAACGCGAAGGGUGAAUUUUGGGUGGCAAUCCAUUGUCGACGCACACUCUUCUUGCACGUAUUUAACCUGUGCCCGCGGCUCAGGAAGUUUAUCUUCAAGUUCCCGAUUAAAGCUCAGUACAUCUACACGAGGUAUAUCGGAGGGAAACAUCACGGAAUGAUCGUAAAGUACAGCGAAGAUGGAAGCUUGCUGAGAGUGCUAGAGGAUCGAGAAGGGAAGGUUGUUCGUGCUGUGAGCGAGGUAGAAGAGCAUGACGGGAAGCUCUGGAUUGGAUCAGUUCUUAUGCCAUUCAUUGCUGUGUACUGACCGAGACCAUGCGAGCUAGCCUUCGUAGUUUCAGGGAAUAAGGCUGAAAGCUCACUAGAGCCUCGGUUUAUUGGCGCGUAUCGAAAGUAUGAAGAGAGUUGGUUUUCA